AUGCCUGAAUCAGGAAAAUUUGGAAUGCAAGGUUACAACCUUGUCAAACUAUUGAAAAGAUUAGAAGAUGCUACUGCUAGAUUGGAAGAUGUUACAAUCUACCAAGAAGGGUACUUGCAGUCCAAAGUAAAUGGUAACCGUGAUGAAACUAAAGUGAUCUCUUGCGAUACUGAUGUCAAAUCAGUUGCCUCUGCACAAGUGAGUGAAUCAAAGGCAGAUGCCCAAACCAUUGUAGAAGACCCAAAGGAAGUCAUCCAUUUCAAAAAGUUCAUUCAAGAUAACUUAGUUCCUUUAUCUAAAUUAUCAGAUUCUAUUGAUCCAGUUGUAGCUGAAGCUAUUGAAAUUUUAAAAAGCGCUUUUGACUGUCAAAUUCGAUUAAUCCAAGCUGCAUUAAUCUCAAAGAAACCAGAUUAUUCUUCUGCGGAAUUUGGAAAUGCAUUAAAAUCAUUAAAUGAAUCUGUCAUGAAACUUGGUGAAUUGAAAGAAAAAAAUUUUUCCAACAAAUACAUCAACUACUUAAAUUCAAUUGCUGAUGGAGCUCCAAUUAUAUCGUGGGUUGUAUCAGACACUCCUCUGUCACUAAUUAGCGAUUUCAAGGAUUCUUCUCAAUUUUGGACUAAUAGAAUUUUAAAGGACUUUAAGGAUUCGGACCCUAAUUCUACCGUUUGGGUCAAAGCUUUCCUAGGUAUGUUUAAUGAAUUGAAGGUAUAUGUCAAAGAUUAUUUGACUACUGGCUUAAAAUGGAAAGAAGAUGGUAUAGAAUUCACUGAAGCUUUAUCUCAAUUUAGUUCUGAAACUGAAAACGAAAAGAAGCCUGUCGCUGCUCCUGUCGCACCUCCUGCUCCUUCAGCAGGUGGUCCACCUCCUCCACCUCCACCUCCACCUGCUGCGGUUUUCGAAAUAAAAGAUGAUGCAACAACUGCUAAGGAUGAAGGUGCUGGUAUGGGUGCUGUCUUCCAACAAUUAAAUCAAGGUUCGGACAUUACAAAGGGUUUAAAGAAGGUUGAUAAAUCUCAAAUGACCCAUAAGAAUCCUGAAUUACGUGGUUCUUCAACUGUAGCUGCUAAGGCCGCUCCACCACCUAAACCAAAGAAGCCAUCCACAUUGACAACAAAGAAACCUCCAAGAAAGGAGUUAAGUGGUAACAAAUGGUUUAUUGAAAAUUAUGAAGAUGAAGCUGAUCCAAUUAUUAUCGAAGCUAAUAAAGAUGAAUCUAUUUUCAUUGGUAAGUGUGUUAACGUGUUAUUCCAAAUUAAAGGUAAAGUUAAUGCUAUUUCCUUAAGUGAAACUGAUGGUUGUAGUAUAGUCUUGGACUCUAGUAUUUCUGGGUUGGAUAUCAUCAAGUGUCACAAAUUUGGUAUCCAAGUCGAACAAAGUAUUCCUCAAAUAUCUAUUGAUAAAUCAGAUAGUGGUGCAAUCUAUUUAUCCAAGGAUUCAUUAGAAACUGAGAUCUAUAGUUCUUGUUCAACAUCUAUUAAUGUUAACUUACCAAUUGGAGAAGAUGGUGAUUAUGUAGAGCAUGCACUACCUGAACAAUUCCAGCAUAAAUUUACCGAUGGUAAAUUCAAAUCUAAUGUAUUUGAACAUAUGGCCUAG